CGCGACUUCGACAUACUCAAGUUUCAGAUCUCUACCAAAUGCGAUCGUUAUUUCACAGAGGAUUACAAUUUGAUCUAGAACCUCGACUUCAGAAAAACAUCCCUCUUCAACGACGACAAAGGGACGGAAGACUUUUCAGUUUGUAGGGCACCACCCCAGCGGGCACCCUGGCGGGCACUAUUCCGUCGAAGGGCGAGGAGGACUUCCUGACGCUUGCCGCCUCCCGGCUCAGCCGCCGCAAGCGUGUCAUAGGGGCGGGCGUGGGCGUGGCCAUGGUGCUGGUGCUGCUGGUCGCCAUCCCCCUAUUGGUCCACAGCACCAAGGCGGGAGGGGCCGGCGGCCAAGGCAGCCAUUACGAGAUGCUGGGCAGCUGCCGGAUGGUUUGCGACCCGUACACCCCGUCCCAGAACGAGCUGACGGCCGUCUCCCCGCCGCCGCCCGACUUCAUGAGCCGCCGGGGGAAGUCGGGAUUGCGCGGCCCUCCCGGGAUCGCUGGCCCUCAAGGACCCCCGGGCCCCCCUGGAGAGCCGGGCAAGCCCGGCCCGCAGGGACCACAGGGCCCCGGACCCGGCGGCUACGUGCCCUCCUUCUACAGCCCCAAGAUCGCCUUCUACGCAGGCCUGCGCAAGCAGCACGAGGGCAUGGACGUGCUCAAGUUCGACGACGUGGUCACCAACGUGGGCAACUACUACGAGCCCAGCACCGGCAAGUUCACGUGCCCGCUGCCCGGCAUCUACUACUUCACGUACCACGUGCUCAUGAGGGGCGGAGACGGCACCAGCAUGUGGGCCGACCUGAAGAAGAACGGACAGGUGAGGGCCAGUGCCAUCGCCCAGGACGCCGACCAGAACUACGACUACGCCUCCAACAGCGUCAUCCUGCACCUGGACGUGGGGGACGAGGUGUACGUGCAGCUGGACGGGGGCAAGGUGCACGGGGGCAACACCAACAAGUACAGCACCUUCUCCGGCUUCCUCAUCUACCCCGACUGAUCACGACGGCCAACAGCUCCACCAAACCAACCCACCCAC